AUGUUACACCAGAUCAUCAGUCAGGUCAAGAAGCAUCAGCACUUGAUCCCCCUCUUCAUAUUUAUUGGGGCAAGAGGUACUGGAGCAGCACUGUAUGUCUUGCACUUGGCAUUGUUCAAUCCAGAUGUCAGUUGGGAUAAGAAGAAUAACACAGAACCCUGGAACAAACUGGGUCCCAAUGAUCAAUACAAGUUAUAUUCAGUGAAUGUAGAUUAUAGCAAACUGAAGAAGAAGGUCCAGACUUCUAAAUGA